GGCUGCGGUUUAAGCCCGUACGUGGCAGUCACAGAGCGAUACACCGCAGCCGAAGCCGGAGCGGCUCUUCUCCCGCAACAAUUCACUCAUACAACCCGACAUCCUGCGCUCCUGCAGGAUAUACUGUGGCGAGGAUUCAGUUUCUAUCUUCAGACUCGCUGUGACAGUCGCCGCGUAACAUUUGAAACAUGUUCACCGUGUCGGAGCUGGUUGUCUUGCUGGCCGUCCUGUGUGCCACCGCGUCCGGCUACUUCGUUAGCAUAGACGCCCAUGCCGAGGAGUGCUUCUACGAGCGGGUCAACUCCGGCACCAAGAUGGGCCUCAUGUUUGAGGUCGCCGAGGGAGGCUUCCUGGACAUCGAUGUCGAGAUAACAGGACCUGACGGAAAGCAGAUUUACAAAGGGGACAGAGAGUCCAGUGGCAAGUACUCCGUGGCAGCGCACAUGGACGGGACCUACAAGUUCUGCUUCAGCAACAAGAUGUCAACCAUGACACCCAAGAUCGUCAUGUUCACCAUUGAUAUUGGAGAGGCACCUAAGGGUCAAGACAUGGAGACAGAAGGUGGAGACAACUGGGAUGCCCACCAAAACAAGCUGGAGGAGAUGAUCAACGAGCUGGCAGUCGCCAUGACAGCUGUAAAGCACGAGCAGGAGUACAUGGAGGUCCGCGAGAGGAUACACAGAGCGAUCAACGACAACACAAACAGCAGAGUGGUGCUGUGGUCGUUCUUCGAAGCUCUGGUUCUGGUGGCGAUGACGCUCGGACAGAUUUACUACCUGAAGAGAUUUUUCGAAGUACGGCGAGUGGUGUAGUGCGAUUAAAACCAUCCCCUCUGUGUCCUCCACUGUUUUCUCCAGCACCAAGACAGUUAUUUACACUCUGGAAAUGAGACUGGCAGUUUGAGUAAAGCCCACAUAUGAUUGGAUCUGAGGUGUUUUGUUGUCCUGUUACUUAUUCAGUUCCUUCUUUAUAAAUGUAAUUGUAUGUUUGGAACAAAAGGCCAAAAGGUUCUGGGAUAGAUUCAUUCGAUUUUUUUUUCUUUGUCCAAUAUUGUUUGAUAAUUUCACUUAAGCACCAAUCUCUUGCCAGUGCAGUUUUGCCUGUGUGAAUGAGUGUGAGGCUCAUCAUUUUAAGUAAAGACAGACAGAUGGAAAAGAGUAGUGGAGUCACCACAGGAGUGGCUUUUAAAAGGCUUUUCAAAUGAUAACAAUGACAAACAUGAAAACAGAUUCCAUCAGCUCAUCGUCUGAUCUGCAGGAGGCUUCUGUCUCCAGUGUCUAAGCCAAGUUAGACAACAUAUUGUACAUUGUGUUAUUGCUCUCAAAACAAAAAAACAACAACAAAUUGCACUCCUGAUGAAUACGUCUCAAUAAUUUGAAGGAUUUACGUUGCAGCUGGUCUUUAAGGGAAACUGUACAGCUUCUAGCUCUGUCUGUUGAUUCAUAGUGAUCCAUGCCACAGGGGCUUCAGUGGACGUCUUUUACAGGCCGGCGUGACUCCCUAUGUAGUUCAGGAAACAGGCGAGUGUUUUUUUUUUUUUUUGGCAGUUCACAAGUUGAUUUAAUCGUCAAACACUUUAAACUUUAAAACUUAGCAGCGAGAGCUGAGACAGGGUUGGAUUUUAACUGAACUACUUGGGGUGCAACUCCAGAGCAAAGUGUAGAGAAAUACUGAAAUCCAUGUUACAUGUUGAUUGAGGCUGGGUGAGGGAGGGUCUGACACCUGAUGACUGCUGUGUGCUUUAGUUGCUUCUACUAUAGUUAGUUUGUUGGGGUUGGGGAUUUUAAAUUAUACGAUUGUAUACAAUUUUGAAUUGUUUGUUUUUUUUCUGGAGUACAUCCAGUGACACGCGGCUUUGUUUUGAUGAUGAUCACCUUUUUCUUUUCCCUGUACAAGGUUAAAAACUUUUGUCUGAGGCGGUAGCUUCACAUCGAGCACACACCUACGGCAUCAACGGUGUCGCGUGUGACUGAAUAUGCUCCAGUUUUGUAUUAAAAAAAAAAAAAACAAUCUUUGGUGAGCUCAGGCAGGUGAACUGCUCUGUACACACUCUCCUUUUUGUGAUCUCAACAAAAUCUGAUAAAUGGAUCUGUACAAAUGUAGAAUGGUUGUCUGUGGAAAAUGCCCCAGGUUUCAUAAUAAAGCCAAUAUUCUGUACAAUUA